AUGUCGGAACUUCCUAAAACAGUUAUUUCGACAAUCUCCCAAUCCUUCAACAAAAUAAAAGGAGAUGGAACAACAUUUACUGAUACUUCAAAGGAUAUCGAACUCACAAGACAAGAAGAAUCAAUUAUUAAAUUGUUUUCGAGUAUUUCUGAUGGUGUCAGUUCAAAUGUAAUGACUUUUAUCUUGUUUAUGUUUAUUUUCAUUGUUUGUUUGUCUAUUUUGACAUUUUACAUUUCAUAUAAUUCAUUUUUGAAGGCAAGUGAAACAGUGUUUUACAAUUGCCAUCAUAUCAAUUAUCUCUAUGGAUCAGCAACAUUUUUGUUUUCCAUUCUUUCGAGAAUCUGGAAAAUUGUUUUAGAAAAAGCUGAUCCAAAAUUUGAAAAUUCUUGUGUUGAUGUUUAUGAUGAAAGGGAAAACAUCAAAAAGAUUAUUCCUCAAAUGGUUGAUUACUUCCAUUUCGUAAGGUUUGGAGGAAGAGAUGCAAAAGAAGUUCCCUUCGAAGAAAUGGACAAUUCCGUGAAAAUCGCAAACAAAAUAGUUUAUUGCGAAGAUUUCGUGAAUCCACCGAAAACAAUUCCUGAAUCCGCCCAUUGUUUCACGAUCCCAAUGCAGUUCUUUUUGUCUGUAUCGAUGAUAAGGAAACUGAAUGCAAACAUGUUUGAAGAUCCACCAAUUUGGCCAAGACCUCAAGGAGAUGGAGUCAAUGAUUUGUGGCAAAUUGGUCCCGUUGAAGUUUACGAGAGUUUAUUCUAUAAAGCAGGGAAAAAACUUGUUCCUUCUAUGGAGAAAAACAUUGAUAAGGAGAAAUAUAAUAUUUUACUUAAUACUUUGAUUUUCGGAUCAUUUAUAUUUUUGUUAGUUAUUGGUGUUUUGUUUUCUAUACAUUACGAAUUGAAUGUUUUCAAAUUCACUUUAUACCAAUUGUUGAGAAUUCCAACACCUGUUUUAGUUGGAAACCAAAAGGUCAUGAAUCUUUUGGCAGGAGAAUAUUCGGAUGAAGAUUCCAACAACACGGAAAAACAUGUUUGGUUUAGUAAUGAAGUUGUCAACAAAUUAAAUGAUGUUGUAAUUGUUUGCCAAGAUGAAACAGGAAUAAUUUUGUCGGUGAAUAACUCUUUCGAAGAAAUGUUUGGAAAGCAAAUGGAAGGUAAAAAUAUUAGAGAAUUCUUCACUGAUCAGAGAUUUAAAUGUGAUACAAAAAUAGAAAAAGUUUUCUCUCAGAAUUGUAAUUUAGUUUACACAAAACAAGAUGGAACUGUUGUUUAUUUCGAGUUCUCUUCAACUUCUGUAAGUGGAAACAGGAUUUAUUCAGGAAGAGAUCAGACACAAAAUGUUUUGCAUGAGAAAUUGAUUGAAGAAGAGAAGAAGAAGUCAGAUGCAAUGCUUGCAUCUAUCCUUCCAGCGAUGCUUGUUCCACGUGUUCAAGCAGGUGAGAAGAACAUCUCAUUCAGUGUUCAGUCAGCUACAGUCCUCUUCUUAGAUGUUGUUGAGUUCACACCAUGGUGUGGUAGCCAUGAUGCACAGUAUGUCAUGCGUAUGCUUAACAUCAUGUUCAAAGAGUUCGAUGCUAUCACAAAUGCACACAAGACAAUGACAAAGAUCAAGUGCAUUGGUGACUGCUACAUGGCAGCAGGUGGCAUCUUCGACGAAGUUAACCAACCUGCAGUCCAUGCUAAAGAAGUUGUUGACUUCGGUUGCUUAGUCAUCAAGAAACUUCUUGACAUUGACGAGAAAGAGAACGAGAAACUUCGUAUCCGUGUUGGCAUCAACACCGGUGGUCCUAUUGUUGCCGGUGUUAUUGGUACAGAGAAACCAACAUUCGAAAUUCUUGGUCCAGCAAUCAACAUCGCACACGAGAUGGAGAACAAAGGUGUUCCAAUGAAAGUCCACAUUUCACGUCCAGUCUAUGAACUUAUCUAUGGUCAACAGUUCGACAUCAAAGAACGCGGUGAAAUUGAUGUUAAAGGCGGCAAGAUGUUCACAUAUCUUGUCGAACCAUAA